AUGUCUGGAAUUCGGCGCCGUCAUAAUGAUGGUAAGUUUGUGAAAAUUGUUGAAAAAUAAUAAAAUGGUGUUUCAGAGGAGGAUGAGAUCUCAACAAAACGAAGAAAAGGAGCACCACUGGUAACCGAGGUAGAAAGAAAAUUACAAGAUAUUAUUGGAAGAGUUGGUGAUGAUAAAUCGAAAACAUCGAUUGAAAGUAAUUUGGAGGGUUUGUGCAAAGUGUUGCAAGACGAUUUGGACAAGUAUCGCACAAAUAUUAUUGAUAUAAUUACUGGUUGUGCAAUUUAUUUGCCACAACGCGCCACAGUUUAUUCAACACUCGUCGGAUUAUUGAACGCGAAGAAUUUCAAUUUUGGAGGCGAUGUUGUUGAGCGACUUAUCGCUGAGCAGCAAGAACUGUUGGAUAAUGAGAAAUUCGGGGAGGCGCAGAAUCUUGCGAUUUUCCUGUGUGAUUUGGGAAAUUCGCGGGUAUUGACAAUUCAAUCGGUUGGCGAAUAUUUGGAAUCACUCGUCGCCGCCGCUUUCGAGGAUUGUGUGCCACAAUCGAGAACCGAUUGGUUCAUUUUCACGGUUUUGCGAUGUUUACCGUGGAUUGGAGGCGAAUUGAUGGAGAAGGCAAAUGAGCAAUUGGAGAAUAUUUUGGAGGGAAUUGGAAAGUAUUUAGAGCAACGAAAUAAACAACAUGUUCCGGUGAGUAAAUCAGAUUGAUGAGAAUUUGAUAAUUUUACCUAAAAAUUAAAGGAAUGGCGAAAAAUUGAUUUUUGAAGUCAAAUAUUUUGAAAAUAGUUGAAAAUCCACUCAAAAUCGCUAUUUUUGCAGAUCCUCCAAGUUUGGAGCAAACAAGGCAGUUCAAAUGAACAAGAAGAUUAUCUAGACAGUUUAUUUGCCCAAAUCGAAACCUUGAAAAAAUUGGACUGGAAAGAAAAACACAUUCCAAGACAUUAUGUUGGAUUUGAUGUUGUCCUUCAAGAUGCUCUUCAACAUAACUUGCCAAAUUUCGCCCCACCAAUUCAUUCGGAAAAUUCAAAAUAUCCCUAUCCUCAGGUCGUUUUUCGCCUUUUUGAUUAUGCUGAUUGCUCUGAAGAUGGUAUGGUUUUACCCGGAAAUCAUUCGAUUGAGCGAUUCCUUAUUGAAGUCGAAAUUGCGUGGAUUAUUGAGAAAAAUCAGACAAAUCGAAAAAAUUGUGCGAAAGAAUUGGUUGCAUUUGCUGAAGAGAAUAGCACAGUUCCAAUGGGAUAUUUGAUUUUUGAGACGAUUUUUGGGCAAAUGUUCAGACUUCCACAUUCUCCACUUCCUCAAUUAUUUUAUGGAAGUCUUUUGUUGGAAUUGUGUCGAAUUCAGGCGACGAGUUAUCCGCAGAUUUUGGUACAUUCUGUUGAGUUACUCUAUCAGGCUGCUGAUUUUAUGCAACCAGAAUGUGUUGAUCGAUUGGUUGAUUGGUUUAGUUUUCAUUUAUCCAAUUUUCAAUAUCGAUAUUCGUGGAAUGAUUGGAAAGAUUGUUUGGAGGUGAGAACUGUUUUUGAUAUAAAAGUUUCGAGUUUUUCAUUUUUGGCGCCAAAAAUCGGUUAUAGAAAUAAUAAAACUCACAUUUAUCGCAUCGUUUCCAGUUAUGACAAUUCUUGAAAUAAUCUGAUUGUGGAAUGAAUAGAAAUUUAGAAAUGAGGUCACGUUUUCCGUAGAAUUUCUGAAAAUAUUCAUAAUUUUUCUUCGAAAAUAUCAAAGUUUCCCAAAUUACCUAUUUUCCACUGAAAAUCAAGUUCUUUUUGACCAAACCCAAACCGUUUCCAAUUUCCAGAAAGACUCGUUUUGUGGAAGUGUUGCAUUUGCCCGUGAAGUCAUCGAAAAAUGCAGAAGACUCGGUUCUUAUGACAAAAUCAUCGCUGCAAUUCCAUCAGAAUUUGUUCGAAUUCAACCAACAACUCCAGAAGUCAGAUAUAUGUUAGAUGAUGAAACUGAACAAGGAUACGCAAAAGCUCAAACAUUUCAACAAAUGUUUCAAGAACGACAACCGGCUGAAGCAUUUAUCUCAGAAUUACGAGCUUCGGAUCCUGAAGAAGGAUAUAAUAUUGAUGAUUUUGAGGUGUUUGUGACGGUUAUGUUGAAAAUGGCUGCCAAAACAUAUAGUCAUAAUUUUUCGGCAUUGUCCAAAUAUCAAAAUACAUUGAAAACUGUUUGUGAUUUUGCGGAGAGAUUUCAAGAAAGAUUGCUUGAUACUUUGUAUUCUUGUUGGAAAACUAAUCAACAGGUGAGACAAAUAUUCAAAUGUUGACCAAGAGAUCAUAUUUUUAUAGAUGAUGAUGAUUCUAAUCGAUAAAUUGCUCAAAAUGCAAGUAUUGGAUUGUUCUCAAGUAAUUUCGUGGUUAUUCGAUGAUAAAUUGAAACAAGAACACGAUAGACAAUGGACAUUUGAAGUAUUGAAUCAAGCAAUGGAAAAACUAUCAAGACAUAUUGUAUCAGUUGAAAAAGAUUAUAAAGAAUUGAAGGAAAGAAUUGAAAAACAGGAUAGAAAUGGAAGAGAUGAAAAUAAUGGAGGAGAUGUUGAAAUGACGGUAAGAAUGGAGGUUUUGAGGAAAAAUUAUACAGGGUGACAACAAAUUAUAGCGACAAAAGUAUAUGCUGAUCUGACAGUAAUCACGCAGCAAUUUUUUUAUGAUUUCUUUGCUCAAAUUUUCUCAAAAACCAUCAUUUUAAAGUUCCUAAUUAGUAUACUGACUUGUUUUUGAUUUUGAACACAACAAAUUUCACUAAGUUGGAAAACGAUGGUUUUCAAAAUUUCGCUUUUUGACGAUUUUUUAAAUUUUCGAUAUUUUAUCGGCUAAUUGUUUCAUGUCUGUAUGUAAUAUUUCAUAACUAUAAUUUUUAGUUUAGGUAAAGUAAGUAUUGGGGAAGGUUCGGCACAAAUAUUAUUACAGCUACCCGACUUUCAGACUUUUUUAGAUGUGGUUAUAUUGAACCACCACUUGCGAGUAUCAAAAUUUCAUUUUUCGAUAAAAUUGAAAUCUGGGGAUACAAUUCCAAUAUUUAUAAGUAUGAAUGAUUGCAAAUAGUCUUAAUACUAUCAAAAAUUGUUGAAAAAAAUGUUGAGCAUAAAUCCUCUUCAUUAAUUAGAGUAAUUAACGGAUAAUCAGAGUCAAAUGAUGAAUUUCGAGAAAUUAUGAUUUUUGGAAAAGUUGCAUUUCUUUCAAAAUUUAUGUUUGAAAAUAAUAUUCGUGAUAUAAAAACAUUCACUAAACACCUUUGCAACAAUUUGAAACAUUAACAUCGUUGAAAAAAAAUUAUUGGGACAUUUUUUAAUUUUGACUUGAUUUGAAAAUUCACAAAAUUCCGAAAAUUCAUGAUAAUUGAACCCCGGUGGAUUACUCAUUUGAACAUCCGAAAUUGGUAUAACCAUGAAACAGUGUGUAUUAUGAUCUAGAAAAACUAUUUUGAGCAAUAAAUAUAAAAUUUAUCAGCCAGGGAAAAUUUUUGUUGAACAAAGUAUCUAGCUAGUACGGAAAUAUUUUUCAAAACUCUUCGAAGGUCAGAAAAAAUAUUGUGAACCUUCCGAGAACUCUUGAUAUUUUUUCUACGUAGUCCUGGAUAGUCAGGAAAGUCUCAAAAAAAUUUUCAUAGAGAUCGGUUAAGUACGACAGUCACCAGAGUUAGUGGAAUUUGUCGCUAUAAUUUGUUGUCACCCUGUAGAUUUUGAGCUAAAUCUCGUUAGCUAAAACUUAUUUUUCAAUAUUUAAUUUCAGGUCGACGAUGAAUCCAAACAAAAAGAUUUGGAAGAAUUGGAAGCCCAGAAAAACAAAUUUGACAGUUUGCUCGAAUUCCAAAAGUCACUGUAUAUGGAAGUUCUACAUGUGAGAGCAUUUUGAGCUAAAAAACAUUUCUAAGCUCAAAAAUUUUUUCUUGCAGAAAUUCAUUCAAGAAUUGACAAAUUUGAUUGGAGAUUGUGAAUCGGAAGCUAUUGAUUUUUCACAAAAUCCAAGAUACAGAUGGUUGAGAGGACGAUUUUGUCAGGUCUUUUUGAUGGUGAGUUAUCUUUUUUGGAGCUGAUAAAAAUGCGACAAUAUUCCAAAUUGCAGCACUCCGAAACACUCUACAAAUUCACGACGGCCUUAAAUGAAGAAUUAUUCACAAAUGAUGUGGAUGCAAAUGUGCUCGAAUGUUAUCAACAAUUUUUGGCUUUGCGCCAUUAG